AUGCGUAAAGUCAAAACGUGUCAGCAGUUUUACCAUGAUAAACUUCAAACAAUUCUCACAGAAUUCCCUAAAGUGGAGAAUAUACAUCCAUUCUAUGCAGAUCUCAUAAACGUUUUAUAUUCCAAAGAUCACUACAAACUUGCAUUAAGUCAGCUUAAUACUGCCAAGAAUUUGAUUGAUGGCAUCGGUCGAGACCAGGUGAAGAUAUUAAAGUAUGCAGAAUCCCUAUAUCAAUGUAAAACACUCAAACGAGCUGCUCUAGGAAGGAUGUGUACAGUAAUCAAGAGACAAGCAGACAACUUGAAAUUCUUGGAAGAUACACGACAACACAUGUCUAGGUUACCGAGCAUUGAUCCGGAUACUCGCACUAUCAUUCUAUGUGGUUUCCCGAAUGUUGGAAAGUCGAGCUUUAUAAAUAAGAUAACUCGAGCUGAUGUAGAUGUUCAGCCGUUUCCGUUUACAACUAAAUCUUUAUUUGUUGGACACACGGAUUAUAAAAAUUUACGAUGGCAAGUAAUUGAUACACCUGGUGUAUUAAAUAGACCCUUGGACGAACAUAACACGAUCGAAAUGCUGUCCAUUACAGCACUUGCACAUCUACAGGCUGCUGUAAUAUAUAUCAUGGAUUUGUCUGAACAGUGUGGAUAUACUAUACAACAACAAUUAACGCUAUUCCAAAACUUGAGACCUCUUUUCCGUAACAAACCUCUUGUAAUAGCCGCUAAUAAAGUUGAUAUCAAACCAUUUGAAGCACUAUCUGAGGAAGAUAAACAAUCAAUUAAUAGUAUUGUCCAGUGGCAUACUGAUAGACAGAUCAGAGAUCCGGAUCGACCAAUCUUUGUAGAAAUGUCCACUGUCACUGAAGUUGGUUUAGUAACUGUUCGUUCAGUUGCAUGUGAUGACUUGUUAGCUCAACGUGUACAAGCAAAAAUUCGAGCUGCCGCUCUGCCAGGCAGUAAUGUUGAUAUCUCUAAUCGACUGUAUAUAGCUAAACCGAAACCAGACGGAAACAAGACAGACGCACCAUCUCGUCCACCAAUAAUCCCCGACGGUGUUCUAGAUAAACAAAGGAGACGUAUGCUAAAACGUCUUCGUAUUGCUAAUUCACUCCAACCUAGCUCGCAACUUGAAGACGAAGAUGAAGACUCAUCGAAACGUUGUCGAACCGUGCAUGAUCGUGAACCAGAAGCUGAUCCUGAUGAAGGCUUCAUAUUGAAUUUAAGAGAGCAUUGGCGUAUAAAAUGUCCUGAAGAGGCAAAUGAUAUAAUCCCUGAGAUUUUGAAUGGACAUAACUUGAUCGACCUAUUCGAUCCUGAAAUUGAGGAGAAACUAAAUGCUUUGGAAGAACAAGAGGCUGCUUUCGAAAAUGCUGGGUUGUACGAUGAAUCUGAACUACUGAAGCAAGAAAAUGACCCAGAAAUGAAAAAAAUCAGAGAAACCGCAGCGAAGAUAAGAGAGGCACGAGCAUUGCGUGUUUUGGAAUCACGAGCUCGUAAGCAAGUACGUAGACCUCAAGUACCUCGAAGCGCCCGUUCAGUCAGUGUACAUAAAAUACAUCAAGAGCUGGGUGAGCUUGGUUUAGAAGUGGAUAUGCAUGAGCAAGGCGAACGUGGUCGUUCACUAAAGAGAGCUGCUAGAGCACGGAACUCAGCACCAAAUCUGCACCGUGAGGCUUCAAUUGCACGUGCAUCUGUAUCGCGAUCUAGAUCCGGUUUACGUGAUGAAAAAAUGCAUGAUACCGUUAAACGCAUGUCCAAAAUUGCUCAACGUAAGGUUGUAACAUUAGCACGGAAAGGAGAAGGAGAUCGUCAUAUUCCAACACUAAAACCAAAACAUCUGUUUUCAGGCAAACGAGGGACUGGGAAAACUGAUCGUCGUUAA